AUGACGAACUUGGACCCUGAAUGGCCUAAGCAUAAGAGGGGCGAAUUUAAUAGCGGUAAAGAGUGGGUAGCUCGGUGUCAUUGGUUUCGUUCUCAUGGCCAGAUGUCAACUCAUGUUGACACCUCGACCAAUGUUCACAGGAAUGCCGAGUGUCCUGACGAAAAUAUCACCUUGCCUGGAGUGGAAUUCAUGUCGGACCUUUUAAAGGUUAUCGAUGAGAAGCGACAGACUGGUUACACCGAUGAUGAUCUCCCAAAGCCCUUUCAAAUGGCAAAAUCCUAUGCACAUGUACCUCAUGAAUACCUGGCGCCGGACGGUUUCCCAAAGUCUAAGUAUUGGCUUCAUCCCGAGUGCAAAUUUGCUGUAGUCAGCAAGGAUAAUCCGAACGAAGGCAAAGGAGGGGUGGUGCGAAGAGCACUUGACAAGUACCGCGAACUGGGUCGUGUGGAUGUCCCUCCUAACCCUACUCUUCACCUGGUAAAAACUAGACGCAAAAAGGGACCUCGACAUGCCGCACGGGCUGUGCAGAACAUGAAAGCGAAAGGGACCAAUCAGUCGGCUCAGUCAGCUAACCGCAUAAAUAAAACAUACGAUGGCCACCGCUAUAGGCUUAAUGAUCCUAUCCUACCUUAUGAAAACUAUGAUCGUACGAUGGAAAUCAUUCAUAAUACCUAUAAAAUUAUUACACACGGAAAAGGUCAAUUUGUGGAUCGAGAUUCACACAAACUUAUCUUUACGUACUCUUUCGAGGAUUUGGAAACGCUGACCCCGGAGGACCGCAAAGUGCAUCAAGAUGAUGUUUCCACUAUAUCAAUGUCGACUAAGCUCUUUAAGCGUUUACCGACUCCCAAACCUUUGACUCCGCCGAGUCUUGUAAAUCCCUCUAUUCCACAUGCUCACAACUCCGAUAUUCCAUCAUCUCCUCUUACUUCCCUUCCUUCAUCCGAUGCCGAAAGUGAAGAAGAUUUCAAGGAUAGCCAAUUGGAUUUUGCUUCCCAAGCCGGCAAUCCAGUAAUCAAGGACCGGUCAUCAUCCCCUCUAACUUCUCUACCGCCAUCCGAUGCAGAAGGAGAGGUUGCAACGUCAAGGAAGCGCAAGGCACAGCCUCUUUCAACCCGUGAUAGUGAUUCGAAAACCAAGAAGUUCAAAAUUUUGCAUCAGGCAUCGAUUGGGCAAUCUGUUUUGUUGGUGCAGAAUUGCAAGCGGUUGAAGAAGCGCAAGGUAACAACCAAUGCCGCUUUAAUUCAUGGAAGAAUGCACUGUUUUGGUCAAACAGUGGGAUAUUCAAGCAAUAUCCUCACCUCGCCUUACGUUCCACCCAAAGGUUCCUCACGCUCACUAUACGAGGUGUUUUUGGAUAGGCUCCCCGUCUUAAGUUCUCACAUCGGUGGAAGAUUCAUGGACUUUUGUGAUGUAGGUUUCAAAGUUGCUCGUCGGCUACUUAACGAACUCUGUGCACCUCAAAUGGCAUCAAGGUCGAAGUCUCAACCGUCCGGCCCACUUGAUUUCGCGGCGAACUUUGCAUUUACCUUUGGUAAUUUUUACAACAAGCCGCAUACCGAUAACGACAAGGGCAAGGUUUACUGUCUAUGGUACCCAAUUGAUGUUUUAAGCGGUCGUAUUGUCACGAAAUCUGAAGGUUUUGAGCUUGAAGGUGGUUGGUUUAUUUUCCCGGAGUUCCGUGUGGCUAUCAACUUUGGUGGUAAGUCAGCAGUGCAGAUUGCAUGGAAUGGCAAAUCCACCUUCCAUCAUACUAUCCCUUCCAAAGAACGAAUUGUGUUUAAUAAUCGAGGUGAGAAAGUACAUUACACCCGCCUUGGGUGUUCAUCACAAAUCACUUACAAGAUGGCACGUGCAAGUGUGAAGAAUGGGACGGAUGAACAGUUCAAUUAUACUUCAAACUGUGAACGCAAAGUAAGGGAUGUGGAGGAUAUCUUAGAGCUACCAGAUAGAAAUUGGAAGAUAUGA